UAUAGGCGACUCUAGCCAGUUUAUGUCUUAAAUAUGGCGGCGCCCUCGACUGUUCAUGGUCAGCAAACUGAACUGUAACCUCGAAAUAUUCGCGUUUCUCCCUAAAAUAUGCUAAGCCUCAAUACCUCAGAUUCAUAAACUGCUUAUUGUUGAUGCAUACUUAAAAUCAUCUGUUGCUUCUUGUCAUCGUCGAUCGAACCCGAAACCUAACCAGGCAAAGUAAGAUCCGCGCACAUGCACACGGAACGAGAUCCUAAAGUCAACUUUUCUCCACACAACUAAUGACAGACUGCAUUAUAGUGUGAGUGCACAGCAGUUGAAAAGCUGAUGACCACAGCCAUGACAGCCACUAUUAGCAAUGCCAGCAGAUCCUACCUUCUGCAACAUUCUUCACGCUCUACACAGUACUGCAGUCUAAGCAAGUGGUGGUCAUCAUGCAGACUGGCAAAGAGGCUACAUCAUCAUUCUGCAGUUCAAUGUCAGAAGGCUCAUCAAAGUACAUGCAUGGUACCUUCACCAGAGAGAAAACCAAGAUUCUUCGGGGAGGACAAGCUGUUGCCAUUUUCAGCUUUUCUUACAGACUCGUUUGGCAGACAACACAACUACCUGAGAAUCUCACUCACGGAGAAGUGCAGCCUGAGAUGUCAGUAUUGCAUGCCUGAGGACGGAGUGGAGUUGACUCCUCAGAAGAAGCUCCUUACCUCUGAGGAAAUCCUCCGAAUCACAAGGUUGUUUGUCAAGGAGGGUGUGGACAAAGUCAGGUUAACUGGAGGCGAACCGUUGGUCAGGAAGGAUAUCAUUGACAUUGUGGAGCAACUAGGUAGCUUAGAUGGGCUUAGAACGCUAGCAAUGACGACCAAUGGUGUAGCAUUACACAGGAAGCUAGCCAAGCUGAGAGAGGGUGGGCUGAACCUGCUGAAUAUCAGCUUGGAUACGCUGGUCCCUGCCAAGUUUGAAUUCAUCACUCGAAGGAGAGGUUUCAACCAAGUCUGGAAAGGACUAGAGAAGGCAAUUGACCUGGGUUAUGACCCAGUCAAGAUCAAUUGUGUGGUCAUGAGGGGUCUGAAUGAGGACGAGAUAUGUGACUUUGUUGCACUCACAAAGGACAAGCCGAUUGAAGUGCGCUUCAUUGAGUACAUGCCCUUUGAUGGGAACAAGUGGAAUGACAAGAAGAUGUUUAGCUGUAGUGACAUGCAGCAGACUAUCAGGGACAGGUGGCCUGAGUUUGCCCCUCUGGAAGAAGAAGAGCCAAAUGCAACUGCCGUGGUGUACAAGGUGCCUGGAUUCCAAGGUACUGUUGGGUUCAUUGCAUCCAUGACCAAGCCAUUCUGUGGCUCGUGUAACAGGCUAAGGCUUACUGCUGAUGGCAACCUCAAGGUAUGUUUGUUUGGCAAUGCGGAGGUGUCACUGAGGGAUAUUAUGAGAGAGGGAGCCAGCGACGAGGAUUUGCUGGAAGUUAUUGGUGCAGCAGUCGGCAGGAAGAAAAAACAGCAUGCUGGGAUGUUUAACAUUGCCAAGAUGAAGAAUAGACCGAUGAUUCUGAUUGGUAAUCAGCAUCACGUCCAACCAUACAUCCCUGGGAGAGUUCAUUUGGAUCUGAUCCCCAAUAUGGACUACAUUGUGACCAGAAGUAAAGUCAACAGAACUGAAGUAGCCAGGGCUGUGUUCGCACCGAUCGUACCUUAUGUUCAGCAUUUCAUCACGCCCAGUCAGAGGAACACUACCAACAUCAAAAUGGUCCGGCAUUUGUCCUCGGCUACAAGUAAUGCAGACAAUGAAAACUCCUCUAAUCUUUCCAAAGCUGACACCGAGUCAGGUCAGCUGUCUGACCUUUUACCUCCUGAUCUCUCAACUGACCAUUCCCCAAUAAACCUCGCCCCCGAUGGACCCUCGGCCACACAAGGGCCAAAUCACACAAGGACCUCUUCAAGCUCUGUACCGUCUACCACCAAAGAAGCAUCCCAACCAAAUCUAACCCAUGUAAGUGAGACCGGCAAAGCACAGAUGGUGGACGUAGGUGACAAACCAGGGACCUCCAGGCUGGCCGUGGCUUCUGGUAGGGUUCUCCUUGGACAAACUGCCUUCGCCUUGGUCCGUCAAAAUAGAAUAGCCAAGGGUGACGUCUUAUCCGUGGCACAAAUCGCUGGCAUCAUGGCAGCCAAGAGGACGAGUAGCUUGAUCCCCCUGUGCCACAAUAUCCCGAUAUCCAAGGUGGACGUGACGUUAACCAUGGAGGAGGCGAGCCACAGCGUGCUGGUGUGUGCAGAGGUGAGGACAGUGGGAGUGACGGGUGUGGAGAUGGAAGCAUUGACAGCAGUAUCUGUGGCAGCAUUGACUCUGUAUGAUAUGUGUAAGGCUGUCACACAUGACAUCGUUAUCACUGAUAUUCAAUUGAUUAUAAAGACAGGUGGUCAAAGAGGAGACUUCAAACGUUAGGGGGGGGGGGCUUUCAAUCACUAGUAGUCUCCCUUGAUCUGUAACAAGCCAACCUUCUUAGCACUCAGGUCACAUCUUAGAUUAUGUUUUGUUUUCAUAAUGUGAUAACCAAUUAAACUAGAUGUACUUUCUAGCAUUUGAGUUUAUUUUUUGUUCAUAUAUUUGUAAUAAAUAAUGAAACUGACCAAUCAUUGUACAGCGCUGUGAAAAUAGAUUGGUGUUUUUCUAAUCGUGCAUUAGUUAUUUACAAAACCAGGAGAAUGGAACCACAGUGUAUUAAUAACAGUUAAUCUAGCACUUCAUCCUAAAACAAAGUACAAAGGUGCACUUCCUUUUUAAAUGAAAUAACAUUUUUUUAAUUGAGAUGAUAUCAAUCAUAUUCACUCAUUUGGUAUGAUGACAAAAACUGAAGUUAAAAAAUUUUUCGAUAUGAAUUUAUUUAAAAGUUUUUUUUUUUAUUAUUCAUUUGAGAUUUAAAUAAUAUUAUUACUCUUUUGAAAUUUUCUUUUCGAUAUUCUUAAUCAAUAAUUUGAUGUAGAUUUUAAAGCAAGUAAAGAUGCUCAUGUAAUAUGUGCUGCCAUCAUGUAUUAAAGUUUAUAUUACGCACAAACCUUCAAAUGAAGCAGAGGCUUUCAUGUAUAUUGGUACUAUGUGAUGGCUUUUGUAAUUAGCACCAUGUAAAUUUUAUUUGUUUAUAAUUGUAAACACUUAUUGUAGACUGUAAAUUUUAUAUUCAAAUUUAUCAAACUUAAGAAAAAGAAAUUUUUACAAAUAAUUUA